CCCAAUAAACCUCACGAAUACAUCACAGUCCCUUGACAUUCCCCACCAAUCAAUUUUGUUUAGCCCCCUUUUCAGUUCACCAAUUGGCUGUUUCGGACUUCCAUAAAAAAUCCGUUAUUAGUUGGAAAAAGAUAUAAAGAUAGAAAACCCCCAGUAAAUUUCGUUAUUACCUAUAUUAUGUCAAAUAAAAUGAAAUCUUGUAAAAAUUGUGAUGCAAUGCAAGAAUUUUCCGAAGGGACAGGUCCACCACGAAAAAAGUUCAAUCAACCGACCAUGUACGAUCACAUGGAAAGCUACUGUAAAUUUAAAAGGAUGAAGGCACACGAAGAGGAGCUUCAGGCUGCCAAGGAAAAAUGUAUAAUUCAAAAUUCGAAAUUCACGAAUCUGACGAUUGAGCCCAGCAAGCUUGAUGAGUGUCUGAGAAAUUUCAGCACCCAGAACUUGGUCAAAUUCAAAAUGAAGUCGAACGAAAACGAAGAAUUCGAAUAUGAAGCGGAAAGGAGGUUUUUGGAUGAGGUCGCACGGAAGAAUGCAAACUCGGUUGAUUCUUUGAUAAAUAUAUCGCGAAGUCCCAUCAAUUGUCCUGUGACAGCGUGCAGUCAAACUAUCGGAAUAACAUCGGUCCUGUCGCAUUUUCUCAGGGACCAUAAACAAUGUUUUCCGGUCGAUUUUCAGGAUAUUGAUGGGAAUCGGAGAUCGGUGCUGAUUUUCGAUGAAAGUAUCUUUAAUUAUAAUGAAAAUAUCUGUUUGGGAAUACUUGCCUAUGGUGGAAAGGACUCAAAUGAAGGCAAUAGACCUGCCCAAGCUGGAAUAUGUAGGGCCAACUCGUUUCUUCCAGAGAAAUAUUCACACUUUUUUCAUCACUUGCCAAUAUUGAUUAUGGGAUGUAAAACUUCACUGAAUUUUAUCCUGGCUGAUAAGGAAUUGGGUGAGCAACUUUUUGACCCUGAAGACAAGUCGAAGGACAUCAUCAUACUAUGGCUAGCUACCGUCGAAACCACCAAAACGAUCCAUUGCACGAUAACAGCUUUCGAUCAUGACAUGACUUCUUCCAGAUCCACGAUUGUUGAGGUCAGGAAUCUGAAAUAUCCUCAAAAUCCAUCUGUUUUUAUGGCCGACGAUAUCAACUAUUUAAUGCUAAAUCGUGGUGAGAUAAACAUCUUGUCGAUGAAUGAGCAAGCGUCGAUAGAAAUUGAAAUUUUUAUUCAUGAGUUUGAUGAUUAAUGGAAGGGGCUAAUUUGUUAAGGGAUGUUUUUUUGUGUUAGUUUGUUUUCUAUAUAUAUAUAAUUAUAUAAAGAACAUUUUAAUAUA